ACAGUUUAUUUAUUCUUUUGUUAACCGUGAUUUUGCUAGUCUUAAUAUUGUCUAAUUAUAACUUUAAUUAGAUAUUAUUCGUAAUAAAGAUUAUGAUAAAUUGUUAAAAGUUCAACUAUUGCUGGUCAUCAAGUGUUUUGUAUACCAAAUCAUUAAAUUAUGCGUUAUUCUAAGCUGUCAUUUAAUUUUUUCUUUCUCCAUUUUUUUACUUAAUUUUUACUCUUAUUUUGUGAUUUCAAGUUCCUCUUUAUUACCUUACACUCUUCCAUUCCAAGUCAAAAUUGCAACUGUGAUUCAUCUCUGUAAACGGUAGCCAACCGUUGACUCUUUAAUAAUAUUCAAUUCAUGAUUGAUAGUCAUGUUGAUCUGAUUUACCAAUAUAAAGACCAUACAUUAAGUCUUCAAUAUUGUCAUACAAAUCAAUUUUAUUAAUACUAACUUUGGAUCUUGAUCCUUGGAUAGACCUUAUCAUUCCCUCUCUUUUAUGGCAGACUUGACAUUUGGAUAUAUCUGGGCAUUUAUUCUUCCAUAUUGGUAUUCAUCAAACAAUAUCAAACAAUCAUGUUAAUCGAGCUAUCUAUAAUUUUUUUAUCAAUCGCCUUAGCUGUCACCAUUUUUCUAGCUCUUUGUUACUUCGGUCUUUUUGAGACAAUUUCUGUCAAAACUGGUGAAAGUCCAUAUGAUUUUGGUGGAAAAAAAUUUAUUUACAAAGUGUACAACGCUAACUCUGCCAGUAUUGGAUCUAAUUUCACUAGAUUAACUACAUUACUGUACCCGUUUAAAGAUGCAACUCUAGUUCCCGUUCUUAUUACUCAGCCUAUUGGAUCCAAGUCUACCAAAUCCUUGUUGGGUGUUUUAUUUGAGCAUAAUAAUGAUAAAGUGGAAAAGAUGUUGCUUUCAAUAGACUACAAGAUAAUGACUCUUCCAAAAGUCAAUCAUGUUGUUUCUGCCACAUUCACAAACAAAGGUUCAAUAUCAGUAGCUAUUGCUUUAAAACGAGUUUAUCCAGUGAUCACCGAGUACAUCAAGGAAAACAAGCUUUGUGCUUAUCCAUCGAUAGAAAUUUACAAAGGAGACGUAAUUUAUUUUCUAUCUCCAUUGUCCAAACAGCAAGAUUUCUUCAUGAACGAAGUAUCAUCUGAAAGUUCAAGUGAUGACGGUGACAGUGAUGGUGAACAAGUUUGUGAUGACCAAUAUUCCAGAGAUCCUGAAGAUUCCGAUGAUGAUAAUGAAGUGCCAAGCACAGCUUCAAGUGUUGCAAGUUCAUCUUCAUUUGAACAGCUCAUAGCAGAUGAUGUAUCAACAACGACCAAAAAUGUGCUAUUACAAUUUCAUGCCACAAAUCAGUACAUUCUCGUGUGAUAUUUUUGUUGAAUUUUCAUUUUUUUUCUUCUCUCAGUUAUAACUAUUGACUGUUGUUGCAAUAACUAAAGAAACAAACACAAAUACAGCGACGGAACGAUAAUUGUCAACUAUCAAUUGAAACUUACAUUGUAUUAUCUAGUAAUUCCGUUCUUUAAUAGUAAUCUUUCUUUUUGUUUAUAAUUUCUUCGCCUUUUAAAGGUCAAUUACAUUGAUUUUGGUACAUC